GGAGUGCAUAUGCAAUAGCCUGCUCAUGGUAUCAGUCCCUAACGCGACGUUCAGCUAUUCUAUGUUCGACAGGAGUAAUGGAGGGGCCCCAGAAACGCAAGAUAAUGGGCAAGGUCGAGUAUCCCCGACCCACGUCCCGCAAUGCUAAUGUAUCGCGCCCCGCGUCCCCAAGCAAGUUUCUCGCACAACCGACGCCGGCACCGGGGCCGUCGAAUAUGCUGCGACCAAAGGCAAAGGUGAACAGCACCGCGUCCAUCCGACCCCGCAAGAUGUCCACGGCCGUGUCAACUACCAGCGUCGCGAGUGCCAUGAGCAGAGUCAACUCUGGCCACCCGCCGAGGGCUGCUUCACCUUUCAAGCCGCCUGGCGGAACAAAUGGCGCGACGUCGGCCCCUACGCGACCCCAGGCCCGCAUCACUGUCCGACCGCCGUCCAAGUCCGUCGCAGCCUCGCCCGAUGCCUCCCCUGACUCCCGCCGUUCUCCGGCAGUGCGCUCGGAGGUCGGUGCGCCAGUCAUGCGGCGGCGGCACGGGAGUCUCUCUAUCCAUCACUCGCCGACGGCGUCCAGCUUGGGCGUUCCAAGUUCCGCGUCCCCGUCCUCACCGAUAUCGGACACUCAGCCACUAGUAGCCGACUCCCUCGACGCGCUCCUCGUAAGCAACGUCCGUAUCAAGUCCAAGGUCUCGAAUACCCUCAAGGCAAGUCUCCAAGCCAAUACCCAGCCCUCCUCCCCGUCUCUCUCCGCUUCCCCGCCGUACGCUACCACCCGCCCGUUCCGCCCGCGCUCGCGGCCCCCGUCGAUAUCCAGCAUAUGCCUCGACUCCCCGACGCAAGCGCCGCCGAAGCCCCAAGGCGCCGUCAACAUAUACCCGAUCACGACGUGCAUACCCGCCGCGAACCCGCACCGCUACGCGCCGCCGCGUCCGCCGCCGCACCACGGCGCGGACGCGGAGGCGCAUGUACCCCUCCCGCAGUCCCCGCCCACGUCGAACCUCUCGUUCUCGUCGAAGUCGUCGACGUCGCGCUCGUCAGUGUCGGGGCAUACGCGCGCGUCGUCGAGUACGGAGCCGACGUCGACGUCGCGGUUGAAUGGGCUGGGGAUUACCGAGGGUGGCAAGGAGCCUUUUCCUACAUCGCAGAUAUCUAGGGAGCCUUCGUAUGAGGAUGAUAGCGGUGAUGACGACGAUUCAAGUGUGGACGACGAGGAUUACGACUCGGAUGAUCCUGAUAAGAAACGCAAAGCAGAAGCGAAGUCUAUUCGUAAGAUCGCCGACUUGGAGAUCACCAACCGGUCCCUGAUGGCCAUUAACUCGACGCUGGAAGCAACGAAGCACCGGCAGGCGAAGGAGAUCCGCGAGCUCCGCCGCAAACUGCGCGAGUCAAUGCUCAUCCUUCCUCCGCGCACGUUCCAACAAGUAAAGUCCACGCUAGCAAAGGACCUCGACAAGGCAGAGGAGAACGAAGACGACGCGGAAGAAGAAGAAGAGGAGGAGGAGGAGGAACAAGAAGACGAAGGGGACGACCCCGCGUACAAGCGCGUCGUGACCAUCCUGGAGGGCCUGCUUGAAGUAGGCAGGCGCGCGCUCGAGACGAAGCCCGAGGAUUUCGUAGAGCAGAGCAAGGGCGGCGCCAAGGUCCUCACCGCCGAGGAGGUACAGAACUGGAGGAACAGGGCGGUGUCGGGCGGGUCGGAGGUGACGAAUGUCCCGAGCGAAUAUCUCGAUACUGACGCCGCAGGGGAGACGAGCUUCGACAGCUCGGUCUCGCCGUCGCAUCUCAUAGUCUCGGCCACGGACGAUGGGGCAACCUCGGAGGAAGAAGUUGAGGCACUCAUGGCAGAGCCGGUGCCCAUACCUCCGGCGUCCAUACCACCCAUCACCAUCUCGCCAUCUUAG